CUUGGGUUACACCCCCUUUCACUUCUUGACAGCUUCGAGCUUUGACUAUAACACAAUACACAUAUUUGCACUAAUUGAAUAAUUACUCAUUAUACAUACAUAGUUGAGUUAACUUUUGAGUCUUGCUGCGCUGCAUACGCAUUUUUGUUUCUCUGGAUUUAAGAGAUACUUUAAAAAAUAUUAACCUUUGAAUUUCUAAUUUACUACAUUACACACAUUUUGCUGAAAUUUUUCGUUCAACAUAAAUUUAGUUUUUAUUGCAAAAAUGGAUAAAGUGAAUUUCCUAUUCGGAUCUCCAAAAAGAAAGAAGGACAACAUGGUUCCAUUCAAUCCGCCGGUAGAGGUUCUCGAGGAAAUUUUCUCCUUCCUUGAUCCCAAAUGCCUCAUCACCAAGUGCCGACCUGUCUGCAGGCUGUGGAAGGAGGUCAUCGACGAGAUUGUCCUUCCAAGGAGAGCGGUCAAAAGCGUCCAGAUGAGGGAGGCACUCCGAGAAAAAAAUCUGAACGUCCGAGUCUACUACGAUCUCAUCGUCAACCUCAAGAAGAACCUUCUGCGGAAUGUCCUAUUCGAGUUGGCUCCGACUAACAUGGCCUCUGCCUUCAUUCAAUCGCUGAAUCCUACUUUUGUCAGAGACAGCAACGUUCCUCACUGGGUUACAAGAGGCCCUUAUCAGCGGGAGAAACCUUCCAUUGGUGCCAACCCAGAAUUUAUUUCUUGGAGUGAUUUAAAGGAAAACGGAAUCCAAGACGCAAAAAACUGUCCAGUAGUUGCAACUUCACAUUCGAUGACCAGCCAGUACCAAGACAUUAUUCUCUCGGAAUGUAAUAUUAGUGAUGAACUGAUGGACGUCAUCAAGCCGACAAUUGUUGCAGAAGAAUGGAUCGGGACAAGAUGGGAUUGUGGCAACGAAUACAGCCUGGUUCUUGAGCUUUUCUGCCACAACAGCGACACGUCUGAUUAUCGCAAAAUAUGUCAGGUGGGAACACAUGGAGGAGGUCCUGGCUCCUGGAGAAAAGUUUCUAUUUCAAUCAAGAAUUAUGAUAGAGGAGUGAGAAGAAUUCGAUUUACAAGGUAUGGCAAGGAUAGUCAGUUUUGGGCAGGAUUUUACGGAACCAAGUUUGCUCUUCCCAAAGUGUAUCUUGAACUUCCUAAAUUCCAAAUAAGUUUAGUCGAAGACUCAAAAGAGUCUAAUGACAAUUAUUGAAAGUUAAAUUUUAUCAGAUUGAAUCGCUAAAAAUCUUAUAACGGCAGAUCUUGGGCUAAUAUUUUUACUUUUGCUGUGAUAGGUAAAUGGACAGAAAAAUUUGACUUUUUUUAAUAAUACUAUGUAUCAUUUUGAUAUUCAGUCAAGCAAAAUUUAAAUUAAAUAUACUGUGCAAACUAUGUAUCCAACGGUCAAGCUGGAAAUUUUAAUGAAUAAAAAUAUAUUCUAAUCACGCUAGAAAUUAUUUAAAGUAGUUUUAUAAUUUAUAUUUCAAUCCAAACAAAUUUUAAUGUUUUAUGUUAAUUUAAUACUUUUAGUCGUCUAUGCAAUUUUCAAAUUAAUUGUGAGUUUAUGUUAAGACUAGAUUAACAAUCAAAUAAGUUAGGAAGUGUAAAUACCAUAUACUAUUGUGAUUUUUAUUUUGCAAUAACAGAUAAAAAAAAAAAUGCUUUUCUCUGCUCCCCUAAGUUUAAUUAGUUUCAUACACAGGAACACUGAAACCAAUAUUGAAUUUUUUUCCAAAGUUAUAUUUUAUUUGUCCAUACACUUGCCUUAUAUUCAAUUUUGGGAAGCAAAAAAAUUAUUUAGCUAUGGUCAAUUUUUUUGUACAUUUAAGAAUAAUAACGCCAGCGAACCACAAUCAGAGAGAUUCGACUGUUUAAUUAUAGGAAAUUAUUGUUGUGGUUUUUAUGCUGUACUCACAAAGCAUUGUCAAAACAAAUUUUUUUCUGGUCGCCUUUGAUUUUAUAAUUAGUUUUUACUGUCCAAAAUUUGAUGCUUUGCCUCCUCCUUGGCCAAAUCAAUGUAUAGCACCAGGGCUUGCAGCAUAUCUCCAAAUUUCUGCUGCACGUUUUCCAUCAAAUUUGCAAAACCAUCGUAUUUGUCCACGUAUGAUUGUCCCAAAUUGGUCACCCUCUCACGGAUUUCGUCCAAUGCGUUUGGAAUUUUAACGUCCUGAA